AUGAGGGCUCUCGCUGUCAGGAUGGAAAAGUCUGCAGUCACCGAAUCACCUUCUUUUUUUUUUGUCGUAUUCAUCAUCAUCAUCGUCAUCAUCAUCUUCUUUUUUUUCUUCUUCUUCUUUCAUUGUACCUAUUCUUCAUCGUCGUCUCUUUCGUCAUUUUCUUCUUCUUCUUCUUCUUCUUCUUCUUCUUCUUCUUCUUCUUCUUCUUUUUUUCUUCUUUUUUUUUGUCACCUAUUCCUCCUCAUCAUCUUCAUCAUCUCUUCUCUUUUCCUCCUCCUCCUUUUCUACUUAUUCUUCAUUCGUCUCCUCUCUUCCACCUCCUCCUCAUUAUUAUUCUUCUUCUUAUUCUUCUUCUCUCUUCUCCUCCUCCUUCGUCUGCUUUUCUUAUUAUCCUUCUCAUCUUCCUCCUUUUCUUCUUCUCCUCCCAUUCUUUAUUUAAUUGUUAAUCUUCUUCUUCAUCGUCGUCUCUUUCGUCAUUUUCUUCUUCUUCUUCUUCUUCUUCUUCUUCUUCUUCUUCUUCUUCUUCUUCUUCUAGUCACCUUCUUUUUUUUUUGUCGUAUUCAUCAUCAUCAUCGUCAUCAUCAUCUUCUUUUUUUCUUCUUCUUCUUUCAUUGUACCUAUUCUUCAUCGUCGUCUCUUUCGUCAUUUUCUUCUUCUUCUUCUUCUUCUUCUUCUUCUUCUUCUUCUUCUUCACCGCCUUUCAUUGUACCUCUUCUUUAUUGUCGUCUCUUUCGUCAUCUUCUUCUUCUUCCUCUUUUUCUUCUUCUUCUUCUUCUUCUUCUUCUACUUCUUAUUCUUGUCCUCUUCUGUUCCCUCGUCGUCAUCGUCUUCUCCUCCUCCAUUCUCUCCCAAUUUCCUCGUCCACGACUCCUUUUUCGUCCACAAUUCAUCGGUCGAACUCACCAUUUCUCAACAUUUCUUAUCAAUACUCUUUUUAUCUUUCUAUUUCACAUUCUUUCGCAUUUUCUUUCGCUCGUUCCAGUUUCUCGUUAUUGCUAUCAUCGGCGCCUCUUUACUGCACUUCUUCUCUUAACGACUGAUCUUCCCUUAUCUUUGCAGCUGGUAUUAUUUAUCUAUCACCGUCUCAUUUCUCUUGUUGAUAAUCACAUUAGAAGGAUGAGAUUUUCUCCAUAUGUUCUCCGUCCUUCUUUACUGUCAAUCAUCGAGCCUCGCCUCCUCCUAUCUAUCUAUCUAUCUAUCUAUCUAUCUAUCUAUCUAUCUAUCUAUCUAUCUAUGUCUCUGUUCAUCUAUCUAUCUAUCUAUCUAUCUAUCUAG